GGGAAUAAAUCUAGCACAUCUAGGAGUCCGCGAGCGAUGUCGAACGUACAUUUUCCCUAAUACUGUUCGAGUGUUCGGUAGUUCCGAAGACGUACCUAGGACUCAAAGUUUAAUCAAAUAUAUCUGGUGACUUCGGUUUUGAAGUUUGGCCCGUAGAAGAGGCUGCCAGAAUGGCGGUGAUCUCAAGUUAUUGGGGCCUUGAUGGGAUCAUUCUUCUCUUGGCCGCCAUUGCCGCGGCGUACUUGUACAUGACGAGGAAGUUCAACUACUGGAGGAAACGCGGCGUUCUGGAGGUCCCACCUUCCCCGUUCCUCGGGAAUUAUUCCGAUUGUAUCUUCAUGAAGAAAUCCCCAGGGGAGUUCCUCAAAGAUCUCUACGACAGAGGAGAGGGGGCCGAUUGUGUCGGGUUCUACAUCUUUGACAAGCCCUUCCUGCUGAUCAGGGACCCUGGACUCAUCAAGAACAUCCUUGUUAAGGACUUCAACUACUUCAUAGACAGAUAUGCCGCCGCCAGGGAAGACGACAGACUUGGAGCUGCCAACCUCUUCAUCCUUAAGAGCCCCGCCUGGAAAACCGUCAGGUCUAAGUUGUCUCCCAUCUUCACUUCCGGGAAGCUGAAGAAGAUGUUCGAUUUGAUGACUGACAUCAGCGAGGACCUCCAAACCUAUCUCGAGUCUUGCAAUUUGGAAGGGAAUGGACAAGUUUUGGAAAUGAAGGAGGUCUGCGCGAAGUUCACCACCGAUAUGAUUGCCACUACUGCGUUCGGUCUAAGAGUAAAUUCUUUGAACAAUCCUGAGGCCGAAUUUCGAAAAUGGGGGAGACAGAUGUUUCAUUUCACUAUUUUACGGGGAUUGGAGUUGACGACGCUCUUUUUCGCCCCCAAAUUGGCCGGACCGCUUCGUCUGUCGUUUUUUCCAAAAAAGACCGAGAAGUUCCUUAGAUCCAGUCUCUGGGGAACCAUAAACGAGCGAAUCAAAUCUGGAAAUAAGAGAAACGACUUAAUCGAUCUACUGAUAGAGCUGAAAAAUAGCAAACAGGAAAUCGAAGGUUUCCAAUUCGAUGGGGAUGAUUUGGUAGCCCAAGCUGCAGUAUUCUUUACAGCUGGUUUCGAAACGUCAUCAACGGCAAUUUCCUUUACUCUCUACGAACUGGCCUUGCAACCAGAGAUCCAAAACCGGCUCAGAAAAGAAAUCCACGAGGCUCUAGAAGAGAAUAAUGGAGAAAUAACCUACGAAAUGGUGGUCAAUCUUCCUUAUCUGGACAUGGUGGUUUCGGAAACUCUGAGGAAGUUCCCACCGUUACCACUUUUGGACAGAGUAACGGCUGCAGAUUAUAAAGUCCCGGACAGUAAUGUGGUAAUCGAGAAAGGUACACCGAUUUUCAUCCCUUUGCUGGGACUUCACUGGGAUCCCGAUAAUUUUCCAAAUCCCGAGCAAUUCGAUCCUGAAAGGUUUUCCGAAGAGAAUAAGAAAGCGAGGAAGCCUUUCACCUACAUGCCUUUCGGAGACGGACCCCGAAACUGCAUUGGUCUGCGGCUGGGCCUUUUACAAAGCAAACUGGGGUUGGUCAAGAUAUUAUCCCAAUAUGAAGUCUCGGUCUGCGACAAAACACCAAUUCCUCUCGUAUUGAAUCCUAAGGGAUUAAUCACUUCGACAUUAGAUGGAUUAUAUGUAAAUGUGCGGAAAAUACCCGCCAACCGAGCCAUUCUCCAAGUACGCGGCUGCUGUCGACCGUGCAUUUUCCGCGAUCCUUGUUCGCGUGUUCGGCGGUAUCACACACGUUUCCCGGGGCUCAAAUUUUCAUCCAAAAGAUCUGGUGCCUUCGACUUUGAGGUCUGUCUCGUGGAAGAGGUUGCCAAGAUGGCGGUGAUUUCGAGUUACUGGGGCCUAGACGGGAUAAUCCUGUUCCUGGCCGCCAUUGCUGCGGCAUACUUGUACAUGACGAGGAAGUUGAAUUACUGGAAGAAACGCGGCGUUUUGGAAAUCCCACCUUCCCCAUUUGUCGGGAAUUUUUCCGACUGUCUAUUGAUGAAGAAAUGCCCAGGGGAGUUCCUGAAGGACCUGUACAACAAAGGGGAAGGGACCGAUUUUAUUGGGAUUUAUAUUUUUCACAAGCCCUUCCUGCUGGUCAGGGAUCCUGGCCUCAUCAAGCACAUCCUUGUUAAGGACUUCAACUAUUUCGCAGACAGACACAUAUCUACCAGGGAAGGAGACAGACUCGGUGCUGCCAAUCUGAUCCUCCUGAAAAAUCCCGCCUGGAAGACUGUCAGGUCCAAGUUGUCUCCUAUCUUCACCUCCGGGAAGCUGAAGAAGAUGUUCGAAUUGAUGACCGACAUCAGCAAGGACCUCCAAAUAUAUCUCGAGUCUUGCAAUUUAGAAGGCACAGGACAAGUCUUGGAAGUCAAGGAAAUCUGCGCGAAGUUCGCUACGGAUCUGAUCGGCACAACUGCGUUCGGUCUCAGAGUGAACUCCCUGAACAAUCCCGAGGCGGAAUUUCGGAAAUGGGGAAAGCAGGUCUUCAACUACAGUUUUAAACGGGGAUUGGAAAUGACGUUGCUCUUUUUCGCCCCCAAGCUGGCCGCGCCGCUUGGGCUGUCAUUUUUCGAAAAAGACUCUUCGAAGUUCCUCAGAUCCACUUUUUGGGGCACCAUAAACGAGCGCAUCAAGUCAGGAGGCAAACGAAACGACUUAAUAGACCUUCUGGUAGAGUUGAAGAACAGUGAACAGGAUAUCGAGGGCUUCAAAUUCGAUGGCGACGAUUUGGUAGCCCAAGCCGCGAUAUUUUUUACCGCUGGUUUCGAGACGUCUUCAACGACGAUGUCAUUUUCUCUGUACGAAUUGGCAUUGCACCCAGAAAUUCAAAAUCGACUGAGAACAGAAAUCCACGAGGCAUUGGAACGGAAUAACGGAGAAAUGACAUACGAAAUGGUGACCGGUCUUCCUUAUCUAGACAUGGUUAUUUCGGAAACCUUGAGGAAGUACCCUCCGUUGGCAAUUUUGGACAGAAUGGCGAUAGCUGAUUACAAAAUCCCGGACAGUAAUUUGGUAAUCGAGAAAGGAACGCCAAUUUUCAUCUCAUUGCUGGGACUUCACUGGGAUCCCGAAUAUUUUCCAAAUCCCGAACGAUUCGAUCCUGAAAGGUUUUCCGAAGAGAAUAAAAAAGCGAGGAAGUCUUUCACCUACAUGCCUUUCGGUGAUGGACCCCGCAACUGCAUUGGUCUUCGGCUGGGACUUUUGCAAACCAAACUGGGCCUAGUUAAAAUGUUAUCCGAAUACGAAGUCUCUGUCUGCGACGAAACGCCCAUCCCCCUCAAACUGAACCCUAAGGGAUUUUUGAUAACAUCGUUGGACGGAUUAUAUAUAAAUGUGCGUAAAAUAAUCACCAAGGCUGACGAAUGGGCCAACCGAGCCAUUCUCCAAGUACGCGGCUGCAGUCGACCGUGCAUUUUCCGCGAUCCUUGUUCGCGUGUUCGGCGGUAUCACACACGUUUCUCGGGACUCAAAUUUUCAUCCAAAAGAUCUGGUGCCUUUGAUCUUGAGAUCUGUCUCGUGGAAGAGAUUGCGAACAUGGCGGUGAUCUCGAAUUACUGGGGCCUCGACGGGAUAAUCCUGUUCCUGGCCGCCUUUGUUGCGGCGUACUUGUACAUGACGAGGAAGUUCAAUUACUGGAAGAAACGUGGCGUUUUCGAGGUCUCGCCUUCCCCAUUUUUCGGGAAUUUUUUCAACUGUCUCUUCAUGAAGAAAUCCCCAGGGGAGUUCCUUAAGGACCUGUAUGAGAAAGGGGAAGGGACCGAUUAUGUUGGGUUUUAUAUUUUUGACAAACCCUCCCUGCUGCUCAGGGAUCCUGGGCUCAUCAAGCACGUUCUUAUUAAGGACUUCAAUUACUUCGUGGACAGGUAUGCCGCCACCGGAGAAGAUGAUGUCCUAGGAUUUGCGAAUCUCUUCAUGCUGAAGAACCCCGCCUGGAAGACCGUCAGGACCAAGUUGACCCCGAUGUUCUCUUCCGGGAGGUUGAAGAGGACGUUCGACCUGAUGACCGAGGUCAGCAUCAACCUCCAAACGUACCUCGAUUCUUGCAACUUGGAAGGUAAAGGCCAAGUUUUGGAACUCAAGGAAAUCUGCGCAAAGUUCACCACGGAUCUGAUCGGCACAACUGCGUUCGGUCUCAGAGUGAACUCUCUGAACAACCCUCAUGCCGAAUUUCGAAAAUGGGGGAAACGAGUUUUCGAUUUCAAUUUUAAACGGGGGUUGGAGUUCACCUGUAUCUUUUUAGUCCCUGAGCUGGCAAAGAUGUUUCGCGCAUCAGUUUUCGAAAAGAACACCUCGAAGUUCCUCCAAGCGACAUUUUGGAGCACAAUAAACGAACGCAUCAAGUCCGGUAAUAAAAGAAACGACCUAAUUGAUCUUCUGGUAGACCUGAAACACAGUGGCCAGGAAGUCGAGGGUUUCAAAUUCGAUGGCGAUAAUUUGGUGGCCCAGUCUGCGAUAUUUUUCACUGCUGGUUUCGAAACGUCUUCAUCGACAAUAUCGUUUACUCUUUACGAACUGACUUUGCACCCAGAAAUACAAAGCCGACUCAGGAAUGAAAUCCUCGAGGCUAUGGAAAAUAAUAACGGAGAAAUAACAUAUGAAAUGGUGACUGGUCUUCGUUAUCUGGACAUGGUUGUUUCGGAAACCCUGAGGAAGUACCCACCGCUACCAAUUUUGGAUAGAAUAGCGGUCGCUGAUUACAAAGUGCCGGACAGUAAUUUGGUAAUCGAGAAAGGGACACCGAUUUUCAUCUCACUCCUGGGACUUCAGGAGGAUCCCCAGUACUUCCCAAAUCCCGAGGAAUACGAUCCCGAAAGAUUUUCCGAGGAGAAUAAAAAAGCCAUGAAGUCUUGCACCUAUUUGCCCUUCGGCGACGGAUCACACAGCUGCAUCGGUCUUCGGCUGGGGCUUUUACAAUCCAAACUGGGCUUAAUCAGUAUAUUAUCCAAAUACGAAAUCUCUGUCUGCGACGAAACAUCAAUCCCUCUCAAAAUGAACCCUAAGGGAUUAAUGUUGUCCUCAGUGACCGGGAUAUAUGCAAAUGUGCGCAGAAUAAAGACCGACACUAACUGAUAACAUCGAGUGCAGGACGAGCGUAAAGGAUUAUCCAAUGAGAGGUCCUUUAUUUAGUGGAAUUUUUUUCGUAGAAUUUUUAUACCCGUUCGAAUUGUUCGAAAUAGACUUUUUAUGUUCCAAUGCUGUCAAUUAAACGGAAUAUGAAGAGAUAUUUCAUUCCUCUGCGUGCACUUGCCAUGAAACAAAUUAAGAUGGCGGAGUACCAAGGUGACUCAAAGUUGAGCGAGCCACGUUUUCGCAUAACUUACUUUAUUCGCUGAUAUUUUCAUUUACAAAAGAAACUAGAGGGUCGACCAUAGCUACUUUUGACGGUACAGUAGACCAUGGUCUCGCUUAAAAUUAAUGUCCUCUACAGUGCACUAGUACAACACCUUGGAAUCGAACGGAUACAGUUGGUACAGGUUCGGCCUCGAUGCUGGCGUCUUACAUUUCCUUUUUCUACUUAAAGAAGUGCUUCUCCUUUCUCAGAAUAAAUACUUUAGAUAUCUUUCUUUUAGACUGGUCCGUGGGAUAUUUUUGGACUGCGACUCCUCCAUGGCUUUAGAUCCAAAAAACCGAGAAAUUCGGAUUCGCAGCUUCACUUUUACUCUUCUGUCAGUCUCAUAUGUGUCGAUAUGUGGGUCUCAAAUUUGUUCAAAAAAAUCCCCAGACGGGACGAACAGUGAGUUUAAUAAAUUGUUUAAAAAAAAUUCCCUACUUGUACGAAGAUUCUCAAAUUUCCAAAUGUGCCAAAUACCGGAAGAAUGUAUUAAGCCUUAACUUGCCAGCGUAUCUUUCACGGGCAGUUUUAUCUUCCACUGUAAUGAAUAUUUCUCAGCGGAUUAGAUAUCUUGUUUAGACGGAAAUUUUCUUAACUAUUUCAUGCAAGGCUACAAGAUUAGUAUAAAAGUGUCGAUCAAUGAGAAGCCACUUUAACGAUAUUCGUGAUAUAUUAGAUACUCUGCCAAGUUAAAUAUGUCAAGGGUGUCCCUAAGGAAUUAAAUGUUUAAAAAUGUUAAUAAUUUAAUCAUAGCCGCCAGCACCGACCACCGAGUUCUUUAUACUUCUCUUUAGGCGCUUACAAUUCCCACAGACUCUUACGAUUAUGUAUCUUACAGUAAUUAGUUCUAAGUAUCGUCACUCGCCCGCGAGCAAAUAGCUGAUUAUUUUUUUUUGUUUCUUUAAUUAUUCUCAAGUAACACUUAUGCGCGCGGAGACGUCCACUCGCAUGAAUGUUCAAUUAUUUCCUCCCCGACAGGUCAUCUCAAUGGUCUUAUGAUCUAGCUAAGCUAACGAGGAUCGAUUCGCGAGAUCGAACGAUUUUUUGGAGACGUUUUUACGGAAAAGGAAAUGCGGAGGGAGAUCUUGCGGAAGUCGAGCACGAGACGGCUGGUGUAGUCGAUAUUUAUUUAUACAACUUGACAAUAUCGAUCGCUCCGAAAAAUAUCAUACUAGUCGUCUCGAUAAUUGACCGAUGUGUGAUAACAAUUAUCUCUCGUGUGAAUAAAUAACUAAUCAAUUGACAGUCAUACGGUGCUGAAACGGUUGACAUACGAGAUAGUUGGCCCACCAUUGCGACGAUUAGGCCAAUUCGUCGGCUUUUCUUUUCGAAACUCACGCCGAAUUGUUUAUGCUUACAUUAUGUAGUUGGAAAGUGCCAAUUAUGUAAGAUCAUAGCAUACCAGGAGUUACAAGUUACUAUAUCCAUUUUAUUUAGUACUCGUAUAUCGUCGAUGACCUAUCAUUUUGUCCGAAUAAACAUCGCUUCGAGUGUGAUGCUAAAUGGUCAUUGUUAGUCAUACAAUUUAAUCAGGACACUGUACGGAAUAAAUUUUUACUUUUUGUUCAUUGUCCAAUGCAUUGUUUAAAGAUAUGCAUAAGUUACGAUGUUCGUCGAGGAAUGUCGGGUGAGUUUCGAAAGAAAAAAGAAUGGUAUUUCAAUUCCAGCGCUCUUACACGGGACGAUAGAUUAGAAGGAGUAAUAAAUAAAUAAUAGAGUUCAGGCACAAGGUAGUAUUUAACAAUAGUUCGAUGCCGAGUGUCGGCGUUCAAAAUGUUCCUGACGAGAGAAAACCGGAAAGAGGAGGAUAAUACCCAACGAUGGACAUGAGUAAUGAUGGACAAACCCGCGCAAUGAAAUAUUGUUAUUACAGGACCGAGUAAUUAAACUAAGAAGUAAUAAACACCCAUCUCAUUAAACAA